AAUGCAAAACGUUCUCAUCCGCCUUACUUGGAAAUGGUCUUGAAAGCUAUCGCCGGACUUAAAGAACGCGGCGGUUGUAGCCAACAGAAGAUUGUUAAAUACAUAAAAGCCAAUCACGAAGGCAUAUCCGAGAGAGUAAGCGUUUCAGUGAGAAAAGCGAUCAAGAAACUUAUCGAAGAAGGCAAUGUCAAAGUUGGUACCGGGGGAGCGAAGAAAUACGUAUUGACCGACGCGGGUAAGAAGCUAGCAAUUCAGCUAGCAAAACCAAAGGUUGUGAAGAAGCCCACGAAACCGAAAAAGCCCGAGGCAACGAAAGCUAAGAAGGACAAGAAACCCUCUGCAAAGAAACCAACAGCAAAGGCAUCGGUUAAGAAGUCUGGUACACCAAAGAAGAAGCCUGCAGCGAAGAAGGCGAGCAAAGGAAAAUCUCCGGCCAAGAAGGCUGCAAAGAAACCAACGCCAAAGAAAGUUGGAAAGAAACCAGCUGCGAAGCCUAAGAAGCCUGCCGCUAAGAAAUCUGCAAAGAAAUAAAUUUAAUACCGUCUUUUAAAGA